AUGUUGGACUAUGCCGGCUGCGUACUGAACAACUGGGAACGAUUGGAUCCGAAAGGGCCCAUCAAGCCGUCGAAUGUGCGCUUACUCCGCCGCUUCACGGGCCUGAUCGACGAGGAGUGGUUUUUCAAGACGCACAUCAUCAUCGAAUCGGAAGGCGGACAUGUGGCUGGUGCCCUGAAAUCGAUUUCCGCAGCAAUGCGCAACUCGCCACUGACUGGUUGUUCACUUCCACCUAGCUCUGCAAGACCAGUUUGCAAAGCCAAGGAGCGACCCCAGUGA